CUUCUGCAAUCUUUCACCAAGUGGCUCGCUUCACCGCCGCCGCCGAGGAAAGAAAAGACACCAACCUUGCGAAUAAAGCAGCAGAGAGGAAGACCCGAAGACCGUCUUAUUUUUUCUUUUUUUUUCCUCCCCCUCAGAUCCUUUUUUUUUUUUUGUUGCUUUCCACCUCUUCCCACUGGAUCUACCGUUUUGCAGCCUCGCGUUAUGGAUACUAUCAUGGUACUGGCGGACUGAUUAUCCGGGGGGGAGCGAAAAGCAGGGAGGAAAGAAAUUUAAGGGGAAUCUGUUGAGAGAUUGGACCACAGUUGUCACCCCCCCCUCCCUUUCCCUUUCCCCCUUUCCCCUUAUUUUUCCUCUCUCUCUCAGUUUUCUCCUUUUAUCUCUUUUCUCUCUGUCUGUCUCUUCUCCCCCUCCACCUGACACAUUUCACCCAGUUCCUGGGUCAGCUGCUCGUGGGUUGGAGAGCCAUCCAUCCGCGUUUCUUUAACCCCGGUUCCCCAUUGACCGGCGGCUGGAGCACCCAUGGAUUUCAAUAGCGGAUCGGGUGGGGGCAGCGAUCUCCACAACAAUCGCCAGUACCAGUCGGAGGAGAGCAAGCCCUUGCUGGGCGAGAUGUCCGCCCUGGGUCCGGCGGACGGGAAUAAAAUGGGGGCAGUACCCUGCCGGAGAGCCUUGCUCCACAGUAACGGGAUGAGGUAUAAAUUGCUCCAGGAGGGCGAUAUCCAAGUGUGCGUCGUCAAACACCCCAGGACCUUUUUUAGCAAGAUCCUCAGUUCCAAGUUCUUGAGGAGAUGGGAGCCUCAUCACCUGACCCUCACGGACAACAGCCUGACCUCUGCUACACCAACUGGUUACAUGGAAGCGGCCAUCUCCUACAGCACUAUUGAGGACGUGCAACUUCUCUCCUGGGAAAACGCACCCAAAUACUGUUUACAACUUACAUUCCCAGCAGGCACUGUUCUCCUGCAGGCGGCCAACAGCUAUCUUCGGGAUCAGUGGUUUCACUCCCUGCAGUGGAAGAAAAAGAUCUACAAGUACAAGAAAGUGCUGAGCAGUCCCAGCCGCUGGGAGGUGGUGCUGAAGGAGAUCCGCACACUGGUGGACAUGGCUCUCAGCUCGCCCCUGCAGGAUGACUCCAUCCACCAGGCCCCACUGGAAAUUGUCUCCAAACUGCUGUCAGAGAACAUAAACCUGACCACACAGGAGCAUGAAAACAUCAUUAUGGCUGUUGCACCACUUUUGGAAAAUAACCACCCACCACCCGAUCUUUGCGAAUUCUUCUGCAAGCACUGCAGAGAGCGCCCUCGAUCGAUGGUGGUGAUUGAAGUGUUCACACCUGUGGUACAGAGAAUCCUCAAACACAAUAUGGACUUCGGGAAAUGUCCACGCUUGCGCCUCUUCACUCAGGAGUACAUCUUGGCACUGAACGAGCUGAACGCGGGGAUGGAUGUGGUGAAGACGUUCAUCCAGAGCAUGCAUGGGCCGACUGGUCAGUGCCCGCAUCCUAGAGUACUGCCUAACCUCGUAGCUGUCUGCCUGGCUGCCAUCUACUCCUGCUACGAGGAGUUCAUCAACAGCCGGGACAACUCCCCCAGCCUGAAGGAGAUCCGCAACGGGUGCCAGCCGCAGUGCGAGCGCAAGCCCAACCUGCCCCUGCGGCUGAUGAGGGCCAACCCCGACCUGGUGUCCCAGGAGGUGGCCACCCCCGCGGAGGCCCGCAUCAAGUCCGUCAUCGUCAACUCCAGCGAGAUCCACGUGGAGCUGGAGCGCAACAACGCCAACGCCGAGAAGCUGAAGGGCCCGGCGGGCAGCGAGAGCGAGCCCAACCUCAUCGACUGCCUGCUGGUCAGCCCCACCUGCAGCACCCUGGCCAUCCAGCUCAAUGCCCAGGCCGACCGCGUGCUGGCCUGCUACGUGGAGAUACUCAAGAUGCUAUCUGACUAUGACGAUUGGAGACCUGCUCUUGCGAGUCUGCUCCAGCCCAUUCCCUUUCCUAAGGAGGCCCUGGCACAUGAAAAAUUCACCAAGGAAUUAAAGUAUGUCAUUCAGAGAUUUGCAGAAGACCCCCGACAGGAGGUCCACUCGUGCCUGUUGAGUGUGCGUGCUGGGAAGGACGGCUGGUUCCAGCUGUACAGCCCUGGUGGGGUGGCGUGCGAUGAUGACGGGGAGCUCUUUGCCAGCAUGGUACGUGUGUGCAAUAAUGUUCACAUUUUGAUGGGCUCCUGCUACAAGACAAAGAAGUUCCUGCUCUCCUUGGCUGAAAACAAACUGGGGCCUUGCAUGCUCCUCGCUCUCAGAGGCAACCAGACCAUGGUGGAGAUCCUGUGCUUGAUGCUGGAGUACAACAUCAUUGAGAACAAUGACACCCAGCUGCAGAUCAUCUCCACCCUGGAGAGCACAGAGGUCGGCAAAAAGAUGUACGAGCAGCUGUGCGACCGUCAGAGGGAGCUGAAGGAGCUGCAAAGAAAAGGUGGUCCCACACGACUUACAUUGCCAUCCAAGUCCACAGAUGCUGACCUGGCGCGUCUCCUGAGCUCUGGGUCCUUUGGUAACCUGGAGAACCUGAGCCUGGCCUUCACCAAUGUCACCAGUGCCUGCGCAGAGCAACUCAUCAAGCUGCCCUCCCUCAAACAACUCAACCUGUGGUCAACCCAGUUUGGAGAUGCUGGAUUACGACUUCUCUCAGAGCACCUGACUUCUCUUCAAGUUCUCAACCUGUGUGAAACACCAGUGACUGAUGCAGGACUGCUUGCACUAAGCUCCAUGAAAAGCCUGUGUAGCCUCAACAUGAACAGCACCAAACUGUCUGCAGACACAUACGAAGAUCUCAAGGCCAAGCUGCCUAACCUGAAAGAAGUGGACGUGCGCUAUACAGAAGCCUGGUGAAACGUUCAGUACAGCUGGUGAGAAAAAAAACGAGAAAAAAAACUUUGUAGUGAGAUCUUUUCAGCUCAUCUGUUUUGUAGAGCAGCAGGUUUGGGUACUGUGAAAGAAACCAACCUUCUACACACCCAUUGCACCUACCAUGCAUACCUGCCAUGGCCAGGACGUCCUGUGUACCCUUGGCCAUAGGCAAGCUUCUGAGGAGACACCGAAAGACCUGCGUUUAGUGGUAGACAGACCACACAAGGAAAAAACAAAACUGUGGAUUUUUCUUGCCUUUGUGUCUAAUAAUGCUCUGUGUGGGGUCAAAACAAAAACACAUAUACUGUAUACAUCUUUAUUUUUGUUUUCAGUUGCGUGGACUUGAAUGGACUGUAAUUUUUUCCUUCACACGGCUCUGCAUUUAUUUAUAUACAUUUUUUUUCUUUCUUUCUCUGUAUUAAAACAAAGUUUUUAAGAAAAAAAUCAAGCAUCAUCUGAAAGAAGCGUUCAUCCAAUGCACCCUGAAACGUAGCGUUUCUUUUUAGAGAAAAUGAUUUUUUUAUGUACAUAAAGUUAUACAUAAGUCACAUAUUUAAGAAAAUUAUUCACAAUAAGGCGGUCUGGGACCUGCUUUUUAUUUAUGAAUUGUAAUUCUUUAAUUCCCUGUUUGUCUGUCUUGCUUAGAGUACUGUACAAAUAAUUUGCAGGUAUGUCUUGCUUUGGUUUCUAUAAAAACUUUGCCCACAAGAACUGCAAAGUUUAGUUUCUAUUUUUUGGGGUAUGUCUUUUGUCAGUUUUGUUAUUCCUGUGCCAGAUGUUUUAUUUUUUUUUUACAAAAUUGAGUCGAGACAGAUAUUAUUAAAUUUACUCUGACAGGAGCCAACCAGAAAAAUAGAUUUUUUGUGUAAUUCUUAGACCAAAAUUCUCAUCUUUCAUGUACAUGCUUUUUUAUUUUUCAUUUAUAUAUAUAUAUGACUUCUGUUUCGUCUGACUUAAUGGAACAUCCUUUGUAGAAUACUUUGAAUUUAAAGAUUUUGGUUUCCAAAUCCAUUUUAAAUAUGAAGUGCACUGUUAUUUUGUUUUUACUGUCAUUUCAUUUUUAACCUUCAUUAUAUUUGUGUAGCUGUUGUUUUGCAUGUACAUAAGCUGCAUGUUUUUUUAAAUUGAAAAAGUAAACAGUGGUUUAAAAGAUUAAUUCACACUUAACUACCCACCCAAAACCACUUCACAGUCUCUCAAAUGCCCUGAAGCCAUUUUUCUCUUCACACACAUACAGUGCAAGAACCCCCACAACCGACAAACCACAAACGGAAAGUGAAAGAUAGAUGUUCAUUCCAGAAAGAGAAGGAAUUUGUCUUAGAUUGGCGUCUCAAGCCUACAAGAUAUUCUUUCAAUUUCUGUUUUGUUUUUUACUGUGGUUAAUUCAGUUUUUUCUUUAACAUCAGAAACUGAACAGAUCUUCUAGGUAAGUUGUACUAGGCCCAUAAGAAGGUUAUUUAUAUCAUACUAGACAUUAAGUACCUAGAACCCUGGUUAAAUGUGAUUUUUUGUUUCCUUUUCAAAGUUCAGUUUUUGAGGCUGGUAGUUGCUCUGGGGCACACCAUGCUUUUGUGGGGGGUGUCUACACAUGAUGUUGGACUCUACCACUGCUCAGCAAUUUACUUUCCUUGUACCUGCAAAGUAUGCUGUUUUCGUCAUGAUUGUGCUACGUUAAUUGGGGAACAUUAUAACAAUAUCAUGGUUGCAAAAUAUUAUUUCAGCUUUUUUUCUGCUAUGGAGGCCAAUUGUUAUCUGUUGUUUUAAAUAUCUCUCGCAUCUUGUUACAAGGUAAAGAAACCCCCACUUCACUGAAACUAAAACCACAUCAUUUUGUCUGUUUUAUUUGUCUUGUUUAGUUCUGUUUGUUUUGUUUUAUCGGUUAAGUCUUAAUUUGGUUUUGAGUGCCAGGGUUUCCAUAGAAAGAUUGAAGCUGUAUGGCGGUUCAGUAGUGUAUACAAACUUAUUAAAAAAUGCUGCCAUUGUGUUCCUCUUCAGCACAUUUGCUUUACGAUUGGUUUACUACUGUUCUGUAGCUGUUGUAAAAAAAAAAAAAUGUUAAAAUAAGAUGUGAAAUAAUUUCGAGAAAAAUAAACUGUAAGUGAAUAUGUUUCA